CCAGAUCCUCCGCUCCUCCUCAGCUCAACACACACAUCCAUUGUACACAAACGGGGCAGGCGGCUCAUGCAUACACACGCACUCACUCGCUCGCUCGCACACACACACACACACAGACACACAAAUACGCACACACGCUCAGCAUCGAUCGUGGCUCCUUUAAGAAAAGCCUAAGCCAGAAUUAUCACCCCACCUCCUCUUGAUCUCCUCUAGACGCUUUUGCAUAAGAAAAUCAAGCCGGGAGCCGAGAGUGAUCAAAGAAAACGAGAGGAGAGCUGCUUCAUUUUUUAACUGUGAUUGUGACCAUUAACAUUUAGGUGGUGCCGAUCCCGUGGAGACGCGCGUCGGACCAUCAUUCAUCCGGUACUUUUGACAAGCCCUCGCGUUUUUUGACUGACAGGCGGAGUGGCAGAAAGCCAUGAGAGUCGCCAGUUUUGUUUGAGGGGCUAUUUUAUUUUCAUCCUGGUUUUUUGGGAAAAGGAGCCUGGCGCCGCUGCCCCGAGGAUAGCCGAGGACCUAUUCGCCGCGCCUGGGCUAAACUUGCGCAGAAAGCGGGGGCUGGCUUCACCGUUCCGUGGAACAACAAAAAAGGCAUACGGGAUUUUGGCUGAAACAUCUUCCCAUUUAUUUGGAUUUUCUUUCUUCAUUUCGUCUCCACCCUGGCCUCAGAGGGGAUUUAUCUAAACUGAAAGGACGACCAGGGAGUCAGGAGGGUUAUGGCGCAACGGUACGAAGACUUACCCCACUACGGGAUGGACGGGGUGGGCAUCCCGACCACCAUGUACGGAGAUCCGCACGGCGCCCGGUCCAUGCAGGCGGUGCACCUCAACCACGGGCCCCAGCUGCACUCGCACCAGUACCCGCACACCGCCCACACCAACACCAUGCCUCCCAGUAUGGGCUCCUCUGUUAACGACGCUCUCAAGAGAGAUAAAGACGCUAUAUACGGGCACCCCCUGUUCCCCUUGCUUGCACUGAUUUUUGAGAAAUGUGAAUUAGCGACUUGCACCCCCAGAGAGCCCGGGGUGGCAGGAGGAGACGUCUGUUCAUCGGAAUCUUUCAAUGAAGACAUAGCAGUGUUUGCAAAACAGAUUCGGGCAGAAAAACCUUUAUUUUCAUCGAAUCCAGAAUUGGAUAACCUGAUGAUUCAAGCCAUUCAAGUUUUACGAUUUCAUCUUCUGGAGCUGGAGAAGGUACACGAGCUGUGUGAUAAUUUCUGUCACCGGUACAUCAGCUGCUUGAAAGGCAAGAUGCCCAUCGACUUGGUCAUAGACGACAGAGAGGGCGGGUCCAAAUCAGACAGCGAGGAAAUCACAAGAUCAUCGGUGGCCCUUGAUCAGACGUCCUGGAACAGAGAUCACGAUGACACGGCGUCCACGCGCUCCGGAGGAACGCCGGGGCCUUCCAGCGGCGGACACACAUCGCACAGUGGCGACAACAGCAGCGAACAGGGUGACGGCCUGGACAACAGCGUGGCUUCGCCGAGCACAGGGGACGACGAUGACCCGGAUAAAGAAAAGAAACGCAACAAGAAGAGAGGGAUCUUCCCUAAGGUGGCCACCAACAUCAUGAGAGCAUGGCUCUUCCAGCACCUAACACAUCCCUACCCGUCAGAAGAACAGAAGAAACAGCUGGCGCAAGACACAGGCCUCACCAUCCUACAAGUGAACAACUGGUUCAUUAACGCCAGGAGGAGAAUAGUCCAGCCCAUGAUCGACCAGUCAAACCGUGCAGUAAGUCAAGGAGCUCCCUACAAUCCAGAUGGCCAGCCGAUGGGGGGCUUCGUCAUGGACGGCCAGCAGCACAUGGGAAUCAGACCACCUGGACCAAUGGGUGGAAUGGGCAUGAACAUGGGCAUGGAAGGUCAGUGGCACUACAUGUAGCCCCGUCUGAGUCCGGCCAAUCGCAACACAAAGGGGGAUAACUGCAGGGCAAACCAGGGGAUCAACUGUCUCACAGAGGGCUACGGAGUAUGGAAACAGGUCUCCUUGACUUCCUGACAACUGCAACCGACCACGAACCCCUCUGUCCACCACAAAGACCCAACGACAUUAUAUUCGGCCGAUAAGUGCAACAUGGAAACCUUCUGCGACUGCCUACAAUCCUUGUCUAUGUAUCCAACGAUGGUGACGCACAGAAGAUCGAACCUCCUCCAACUCAGAUGACCCCCCCUGUCCCGACAGACCCCUUCUUCUUCUUCUUCUUCUUCUUAUCUGGUGGGCACUAGACUUCGCCACCUGCCCGCUAGGUUCACACGGAUCCCUCCACUCAAAGUGAUUGCGAUUGCGAGCAUAGACGACACACACGAGAGACACCCUGUGUCCUUUUGCCUGUACCUUUUUGGCGAAUGCAGCACCUGGUGAUAUAUUCUAGACUCUUUGGCAAAACAAAAAAAAAAGAGACUUCCUGCGAGGAGCACUCCACUCUUUGGGACGACGGAAUUGGACCAAGGAGAAGCCAAUGUCUGUAUCUGACAGGACACCCAACAAAGCAAAAGAGGUGCCCUUUAAAAAAAAUAUAUAAUGGAUUGAAACAUGGAAGGAGGGAAAGCGAGAGAAAAGAAAUUAAAAGUAUAACUAUAUCAACCCCUAGUUUGGGAAGCGAGUGGAGAAAGAAAAUAUACUGUAUACUGUUGUAAAAUUACGCUGGACUCUCACAAGAACUGGGAAUUUAAGUAUUGUAAAUGCUAUUGUAUUGUUCUGCAUAUUAUGUUGUUUCUAAUAGAUUUUUUAAAAAAAAGGAUGUGAACUUUUUUCUCUUUUUUUUUUCUGAUUUCUUUCCACACUAUGUGUGUGCCGUCUCUCCAUCAGAUUUGACCUCCUGCCCCCUCCCUCCAUUCAAUCACGAUGCAUUUUUAAAGGAAAAAAAAAAAAAGUGAAAUAAACGGACAAUUCGAUAAAUCUGUCAGGCCUUUAUUUGGAUGGUAAGAGUGUGUAUGGCGAUUCAGACGUCCUUUUUUUCUUUCUUUAAACACACAACAACCAAUCCACAUACAUUCAGGGUGCGACUAAUUUGUUUUACCGUUGCCGUGUCUACACCUUGUAACUCCAGUUUUUUUUACAUUUUCAUAUCAGUUGAUGAUAUCAGGCCAUCUGGGGUCAUGAACCCACCAUAACUGGUUGGAUUAACACCAAUGAAAAGUCGCCGACAUCAAGUUCAACAGUUUGAGAAGCUUUUAACAUUUUUUUAAAUCCAAUUUUAGUCCCAUUUUGUUUCAUUUAAUCCAUAUUUUACUCUGUUCACAGGAGCACAGACACGUAACACCAUGACAGGCUAACAGACAUGACACAGAGCUUCAGUUUAAUGCUCACAAACAAUCUUAAGACAAAAAAAAAA